ACAGUUUCCAGCAACUGAAGCCAGGCAGUUUUCUCAAAGAACCAAAGAUAGCCAUGACCUUCAUGUACAAAACAUUCAGGAAAAUGACGCUUCCUCCAACCACUUUGGUGUUAAAACAAGUUGUGUCUUGCGUGACUCCCUGGAUUACUUUCAUCCAGUCACAGGCUUUCCUCCAGAUGUCCUGCAUGAUCUUCUAGAAGGCAUAGUUCCUGUGGAGAUUUCUCUCUGCAUUAAGACCUUGAUCCAGAUGAAGUACUUCACUUUAGAGUAUUUGAACCAAAAGAUUGCAUCAUUCCCAUAUCAACAUGCUGAUAAAGUGGAUAGGCCUCAACCAAUUCCCAAAACAUUUCUGUCUCGAGGAACGAUAGGAGGGAAUGGUCAUGAAAAUGCUACUCUGCUCCGACUGCUUCCAUUGCUUGUAGGCAGUGUUGUACCAGAAGGUAAUGGUGCAUGGACAGUUUUGAUGGAACUGAAAGAGGUAGUGCAGUUAGCAUUAUGCCCAUCAUUUUCUGAUGAAACCUUAGACUAUUUUCAGUCCAAAAUCAGCGAUCAUAAGCAAGUACUGCUGAAGACAUUCCCAGAGUUUAGCCUUCGUCCUAAGCAUCACUAUGUGGAGCAUUACCCCACCAUGAUCAAGUGCUAUGGGCCCCUGGUGCAUGUUUGGACAAUGCGAUUUGAGGCCAAACACCGUUUUUUUAAACGAGUGGUGCAUGACGCUCAAAACUUCAAAAAUAUUUUGAAGACAAUGGCAGUCAGACACCAACACAUGAUGGCAUACCAUCUUGCUGCCCCAUCAUUUUUCAAGCCAGAAACACAAGCAUCCAGGGUUGACUCUGUUCUGGUUUCAGCUCUACCAGAAGUAGCUCAGCUACACAUUAGAACACUAACAACUAGUGACACAAUAUACCAGACAUCAAAGGUUACCAUUGAUGGCACACACUAUGUCUGUGAAAUGUUUUUGUCUGUCGGAGACAGUGGUGGACUACCUAGGUUCUGCAGAGUAGAGCACAUCUACCUUGUCAAUAGCACUGUUUCAUUCCUUUGUUCUAAUUAUGAUUGCUGGUAUUUAGAACAUCUUGGAUCCUAUGAGCUGUCACCUUCCCAGACAAGUCUGUCAAUCCACCUGAAGUCUGAUCUCAACGAUUCAGUCCCGCUCUCUGCAUACGAGCAUAAUGGCAGAUCUAUCCCCACAACCCAUGGUCCUUCGUGUUGUUGAACCAGACCGGGCUAGAAAAUUAAAACUCUGUUCACGACCAGCCUCUAUUGAUGCACUGAUUGCUGUUAUAAAAGAACAGCUGGAAAUAGACCUUGACUUCAGUUUAAAAUAUGAAGACCCCGACUUUGAUGGAAAACUUACAUCCCUCUCUGACAUUGAUGAGUUGCCACAGAAAGCGGUUGUGCAUGUGUCUUUUGAGCAAGAUUCCAGCUCUGUUGCCUCAACAGAAACAAUCUCAAGUGUAUCAUCCUCAGAACGUGGGAGAAGAUGGCCUUCAGUUUUUUUUUCAAUUCCCACAUUUUCUUUGGAUGUUGAAUUGAAACUUCGGGAAGGUAAUACUGAAUUUGAGAAGAACAACAAGUAUCUUCA